AUGGCGGACGAUUUCAUCAAUCUGACUGCAUCCACGUCUACUAUUAUCGCUCUGAUUGCAAUCGAGCAAUAUACCAACCCUUAUUUCUUGCAUCACUCUGAUAAUACAAGCCUUGUUCUUGUAUCUGAUCCUUUGACAAACGAGAAUUAUACAUCAUGGAGUAGAUCGAUGUUGAUUGCUCUCACGGUGAAGAACAAAGUUGGUUUUGUUGACGGAUCUAUCGUUCGGCCUACUGGAGAUCUUCUUCACUCUUGGAUCAUCUGCAACAACGUUGUAAUUUCUUGGAUCUUGAACUCUCUGUCAAAAGAAAUCUCUGCAAGCAUUUUAUUUUCUGAUUCGGCCCGUGAAAUUUGGCUCGAUUUGAAAGAGCGUUUUGAGAAACAGAACCGCCCUCGCAUCUUUCAAUUACGUAGAGAUCUGUCCAAUUUGGUGCAAGAUCAACUUUCUGUAAGUGCUUAUUUCACUCUUUUAAAAACACUAUGGACAGAACUCAACUCUUAUAGCCCCUCUUGCACUUUUGGUCGCUGUUCGUGUGGUGGUGUGAAGGAGAUUAUUGCUUUUCAGCAACAAGAACACGUUAUGUGUUUUCUUAUGGGGCUGAAUGAAUCUUUCAGUCAAUUGCGGGUACAAUUACUCCUUAUGGAGCCUGAACCAACUAUCAAUCGAGUCUUCUCCUUGGUUUCUCAAGAGGCUCAACAGCGUGCCAUCCUCACUUCUACAUCUCCGCAAACUUUGCCUACUGCUCUCAUGGCUCGGAGUUCUUCCUCCUCUGGUUUUUCUAAGUCGGUUUCUAAUUCUUCUUCAUAUUCCAGACAAGCCUUUUUGCACACAUUGCGAUACAAUCUGCUUUAUGUCAGUGCCUUGACAGCUGAUUCUUCUGUUUCUGUUCUAUUUGCUGAUAAUUGUUGUAUUCUUCAGGACAAGUCCUCUUCGAAGAUGAUUGGCAAAGCUGAAUCUUGGCACGGUCUUUAUCUCCUUUCUGUUGAGCUGUAUGCUGCUCUUACUAUAGUUGUUUGUAAUUCUGCUUAUCAUACUUGGCACAAUAGACUUGGUCAUCCUUCACCCAAGCAUCUUUUUGCUUUAAAAAAUGUCUUGCAUAUUGAUUCAGUUUCUAAGCAUGAUUCUGAUUUUCCUUGUGAAAUAUUUCCUUUGGCCAAACAGAAAAGACUUCGUUUUGAGUCUCACAAUAAUAUUUCAGUCUAUUCUUUCGAUCUAAUACAUUGUGAUGUUUGGGGUCCUUUCUCUUCCUUAAGUCAUGCUAGUUGCAAUGCUACAGAUUUAUUUUCUGAUAUUGUUUUACCUCGGGCUGCUGCUUAUUCUGGGAUUUCUGUUUAUGAGCCUACUGUUUCUAAUAGCAUUGGUAUGACUGAUCCACUUAUGCCUCCUAGUUUCGAUGUUGAUUCUAUUGGGUCUCCUAUUGUUGUUGGUUCUGAUUCUUCAGGUGUUAAUAUUUUACACACUGAUGGUGUGGUUGAUGUUGUUGAUACACCAUUUGUUGCUCAUGAUGGUGCUACUUCUGAUUUCGUUCAUGAUGUUUCUUCUGAUAAUGUCGAUACUCUUAUUUCUGUUCGAGCAUCGGUGGUGGCACCUCGUCGCUCUAGUAGGCCAACUCGCAAGCCCUCUUAUUUACAGGAUUAUCACUGUGGCCUUAUUAAAUCAAAUGUCUCUCCUGUUUCAUCAGUACAAUAUCUUUUGCAUAAACAUUUGGUAUAUGACUGGCUUUGUUCUAAUUACAGAGGUUUUGUUCUCAAUGUUUCAGCUACCUACGAACCUCAGUUCUACCAUCAGGCAGUAUCCUUUUCUCAUUGGCGUGAUGCAAUGCGUGAUGAGCUUCAGGCCAUGGAAUCUAAUUAUACUUGGUCAGUUGUCCCUCUUACCUCUGGUCAACAUUCUAUAGGUUGUAAAUGGGUUUAUAAAAUCAAGUAUAAAUCUGAUGGUACUAUUGAUCGGUAUAAAGCAAGAUUAGUUGCUAAGGGGUAUACUUAG